UGAUGUUCAGUAAGACAGGAGCAUCUCUAUUGCCAGAGCUCUUUGAACAUUCAGUUAAUUUCAUCAUGUCAAGUCCUUCUGCAAACAGUGAACUGAUCUUCUACAUUAAUGGCAAGAAGAUAGUAGAGAAUAAUGCUGAUCCAGAGGAGAUGUUAUUGGCUUACCUGCGAAGGAAAGUGGGCCUGACGGGCACUAAGUAUGGCUGUGGAGGAGGAGGAUGUGGAGCCUGUACUGUGAUGGUGUCUAGAUAUGAACCUCUUGAAGACACUGUGCUUCAUUGGUCAGUUAAUGCGUGUCUUCAGCCGAUUUGUUCUUUGCACGGUGCAGCCGUGGUGACCGUCGAGGGCAUCGGAAGCACCAAGACAAAACUACAUCCAGUUCAGGAGCGUAUAGCCAAGGCUCAUGGUUCUCAAUGUGGUUUCUGUACUCCCGGAAUGGUAAUGUCCAUGUACACAUUACUAAGGAACAAUCCACAGCCCACAAUGGAGUACAUUCGUGAGGCACUCGGGGGGAACUUAUGUCGCUGUACUGGCUACCGGCCAAUCAUUGAUGGAUUUAAAACAUUCUGUGAUGUUCCCACCUGUUGCCAAAAUGGUGAGAAAAAUAGACAGUGCUGCAUGGAAAAUGGCAAUUCCCACAACCAAGAAUCUGAUAUAUCUGGAGAACUUUUCAGCACGGAUAAUUUCUUACCCCUGGAUCCAACUCAGGAUCUUAUCUUUCCACCAGAACUACUUCUCUUGGCAAAGAAAAAAGAUGUUGGACAACUUUGUUUCCAAGGCGAAAAGGUCAAGUGGAUUGCAUCCAAAGACCUGAAAGACUUAAUCAAAUUGAAAGCUGAAUACCCCAAUGCACCUCUGUUGGUUGGGAACACAACCCUAGGGCCAAAGAUGAAUCUAAAAGGAAUGGUCCAUCCUGUGGUCAUCUAUGGUGGAAACAUUCAAGAACUGAGAACUAUCAAAUGGAGAAACAAUAGUGUGACUGUAGGGGCAGGGUGCAAUCUGUCUGUUCUGAAGGACACCCUCCUACAGGGAAUUGAGGAACUCGGACCCGAAAGAAGCAGGAUUUACCAAGCCCUUGUUCAAAUCCUAAAGUGUUUGGCUGGCAAACAGAUUCGCAACAUGGCUACCAUCGGUGGAAAUAUCAUGAGCGCCAACCCCAAAUAUGACCUGAGCAGCAUUCUCGCAGCAGUGGAGUGUACACUUCACAUUGUUUCCAAUGAUGGCACUCGAGAGAUUUGUCUCAAUGAGGAGUUUUUCACAGGCUUUGGUAAAACGGCUCUACGACCAGAUGAGAUUCUCCUGGCUAUUGACAUUCCUCACUCAAAACCAUGGGAGUUUGUGUCAACAUUUCGCCAGGCGCUGCGCAGAGAGUUUGCCUUCUCCAUAGUGAACACUGGCAUGAGGGUGGUGUUCAGACAUGACUCAAAUGUGGUGGAACAUCUGGAUAUUUUUUAUGGGGGUGUGGGGCCCACUCUGGUGAAAGCCAGACACACCUGUACACAGCUAACAGGAAGACCAUGGGAUGAGAAAAUUUUGGCAGAGGGAACACAACUCUUAGAAGAAGAAAUCUCUAUUCCCGCUUCUGCCCCUGGUGGUCAGGAGGAGUACCGCAAGGCUCUGGUCCUCAGCUUCUUUUUCAAGUUUUACAUGCAGGUGCUGCUGGAGCUCAGAGAGAGGGAAGUUGGAGUGAGUAAUUUGCCAUUAGAGUAUCUCAGUGCCCUAAAACCAUUUAAAAAUGAGGUACCACAAGGAAACUUUUCUUACCAGCUUGUGUCAGAAGCUCAGUCUACUAGUGACCCGGUGGGACGUCCCAAUGUACACCAGACUGCCCUUCAACAGGCAACAGGUGAAGCUGUAUAUUAUGAUGAUAUCCCCUCUGUUACUGGCGAACUCUUUGUGUCCAUGGUAACCAGCACCAGAGCUCAUGCAAAGAUCAUCUCUAUAGAUGCAUCAGGGGCUCUUGCUAUGCCUGGAGUGGUCAACUUCAUUUCUGCUAAGGAUGUUCCUGGUCAGAAUCGAAGACUCUGGUUCAACAACCCAGAGGAGCUUUUUGCUGAGGAAGAGGUCAUCUGUGUGGGGCAGAUUAUUGGAGCCAUUGUGGCCCAGACCAGAGAACAAGCCAAAAGAGCAGCAGAGCAGGUGGCCAUUACCUAUCAGGAUAUCCAACCUGUCUUCUUCACUAUAGAGGAGGCCAUAGAACAUCAGUCAUUUUUUGACCCCAAGAGAAAACUGGAAAGAGGAAAUGUAGAGGAAGGCUUUGAGAUAGCAGACCACAUACUAGAGGGUGAGAUGUAUAUGGGUGGUCAAGAGCACUUUUACAUGGAAACUCAGGGAGUGAUUGCGAUUCCUAAGGGAGAUGCUGGAGAAUUGGAUCUCUAUGUGGCCAGUCAGCAUGCAGCUUAUACUCAGGAAGUGGUGGGCAUCACUCUCGCACUUGACUCCAAUAAGAUCACAUGUCAUGUGAAGAGGCUGGGAGGGGCAUUUGGUGGAAAAGUUAUGAAGAUUGCAUCAUUAUCUGCCAUUGCUGCUACGGCUGCUUACAAGACUGGCCGUGCGGUGCGAUGUGUACUAGAUCGAGGAGAUGACAUGCUCAUCACAAGUGGCAGACACCCUUUCCUGGGGAAGUAUAAGGUUGGAUACAAGAAUGACGGGACCAUACUGGCUGCUGACAUCACGUACUACAGCAACGGAGGAUGCACUCUAGAUGAAUCCUCCUUUAUCAUGGAAAAAGCUCUACUUCAUAUGGAUAAUGGCUAUAAGAUCCCUAACCUCCGUGGGCGUGGCCUUGUGUGCAAGACCUAUUUGCCAUCAUAUACAGCCUUCCGGGGCUUUGGUGGACCUCAGGGUCUGACCAUCAUCGAGAGCGUGCUACAUGAGGUGGCCAUCAAGUGUGGCUUGCCUGCACAUCAGGUAAGAGACAUCAAUAUGUACAAGGACGAGAAAUGCUACACCCACCACAAGCAGCUCUUUUCCCCUCAUGACAUGGUUCGCUGUUGGACAGAGUGUCUCAAGAAAUCUGACUACGACCAGCGGCUCUUGUACAUCCAGCAGUUCAAUGCCCACAACCACUGGAAGAAGAGGGGGAUCUCCAUUGUCCCAUUGAAGUUUGGAAUUGGAUUCUCCAAGGGCUUCUACAACCAGGGUGCAGCACUGGUGAACAUCUACAAAGAUGGAUCGGUUCUGGUCUCCCAUGGAGGUACAGAGAUGGGUCAGGGCAUCAACACCAAAGCCAUACAGAUCGCCAGUCGUAUUCUGAAGAUUCCAAUGUCGUCAAUCCACAUCAAGGAAACCUGCACAGGAAACGUACCCAACGCUGCACCAUCUGCUGCAUCCUUUGGCACAGAUGCUGUUGGAAUGGCAGUCAAGAAUGCUUGUGAGAACCUCAUGACACGUCUGGAACCUCUGAUUAAGAAACAUCCCCAACACACCUGGCAACAGCUGGUGGUGGAAGCGUACUGUCAGAAGAUCAGUUUGUCCUCAACAGGUUUCUUCAUGGGCCCCCACACCAGUGUUGACUGGGAGAAGAGCGAGGGACCAGCUUACUAUUACUUUACUUUUGGGGCCUGCUGCUCAGAGGUGGAAAUCGACUGCUUGACAGGAGAUCACAAGAACAUUAGGACCAACAUUGUGAUGGAUGUUGGUCGGAGUAUAAACCCUGCUCUAGAUGUUGGACAGGUGGAGGGAGGUUUCGUCCAGGGAAUUGGACUCUACACUAUAGAGAAACUGCAUUUUUCUCCUGAGGGAGUGUUGUUGACCAGGGGUCCCUCUCAGUAUAAAAUCCCAUCUCUGUGUGACAUCCCACCCCAACUUAAUGUACAUCUGCUAGCCAACGCAGACAAUCCUCACGCCAUCUACUCCUCAAAGGGUAUUGGGGAGCCCCCUGUGUUCUUCGGCUGCACUGUCUUCUUUGCCAUUAAAGAAGCGAUUGCAGCUGCAAGGAGAGAGAGAGGCCUGACUGAUAGUUUCUCUCUCUCUUCUCCCGCCACCGCGGAAAAGAUACGCAUGGCCUGUGAAGACUGCUUCACCAGCAUGGUGCCACAAGAUAAAGUCAAAUCCAAGCCCUGGGCAAUCAAAGUGUGAAGAUCUACAAAAUACUUCAAUACCUCACCUAAACAAACUGUUACAUAAUUUUUGUUGCCUCUUGUUAGAGACUUUGACCUCAU